GUUUUUCCAGGUUAUGAUCUCUACGCUAAUAGGAUUUUACCCAACUUUACUUCGCAACGUUUUAACAUGUGCCACAUCUAUUGCCAAGCUAAUUGCAUUGUGUCACGGUUCUUACCUACUAAUCCCCCUGCCUGGUGACUGACUGUCUAACAGCGAAUGUGCCCGAGUCAGCAGGAUGGCAUCUUUGACUGUGGCGAGGAGCCAGAGCACUUAAGCCUGCAGCACCUCUCCAUGUUGUUCAAUCUGUCACACAACAAAACCAGGGCCUCUGCUGCAAAACACAGCCAAGAGCAGCAGUGAGCCGCAGACAGACGGGGCAGGUCACAAGGCUGCUGCUGCAAAAGUUUGGCAGUCACGCAAAUGUUUUUUGGUUUUUAUCUUGUUUGGAUUUGUCUGUGUUGCAAACUAUUUCAAACAAUGACCAGCAACAAGGAGGCCGGUCUGCUGGCGGCUGCCUCAGAGGACCCUCAGAGUAAUAAAACAAGGAUGAGACAGGAACAAGAGGAGAAACUGAUCCUGGCCACCUGGCAUAACAUGCAGCACAGCCUGAGUGAGGACUCUGGAGCUCCUGGCCUGCCUCAGUCUUUCCUGGCUAAGCAGAGACAGUCCACUCAGGCCAGGAGGGCGGUGUCCCCCCAGCUGGAGCCCAGUGGCUGAUGGCUGUUUCAAUGUCUGUGCUGUUUUUGGUUUGCUGCUAUCUCCCCCUGCUGGUCAAUGUUGGCACUGCAUCAGGGUCAGAGGCGACUGUUGUGUCCUUUAUAUAACUACACUCAAGCUUGUAAAUAAUCACCACAGUGUCUUUUUAUUUCUUCACUGUA